AUGGAACCGAGAACAUUUAUUACAAAUUUCAGGGACAAUUAUCGCAACAAGAAUGCCUUGCUGAAGCCAGAUCAGUCGACAAUUUCUCGCUGGUAUGGAGAAUUCAAACGUGGACGGGUGAGUCUUAGCGACGAUCCCAGGGUGGGUGCACCAAAAACGGCAGUCACUCAGGAAAACGUAGAUGCUAUUGAGGCGUCCUUGAAGAUCUCAAGUACCUCAAUUCAAAAAAUUUUACAUGAAGCAUUAGGAGUAAGAAUAUUAGUUUCUGGUUGGAUACCCCACCUGUUGACUGAAGAGCAGAAAGCAGCCAGGGUUAAUUGGUGUCAAAAGACGCUUGACCGUUUCAAUUUCGGAAACUCAAAAAAUGUGUACAGCAUUGUUAGUGGUGAUGAAUCGUGGAUUUACUGUUAUGAACCAGAAAAUAAUGACAGUGAAGAAAAUCCAACAAAAGUCAUCCGUUCUCGAAGUGUUUCGAACAAGACGGUCGCGACAUUUUUGCCAAAAGCGGGUCAUAUUGCAACAAUUCCUCUCAAUCAGCAAAGAACUGUUACUGUGGAUUGGUAUACCACCAUUUGUUUGCCAAAAGUCAUCACCGGGCUUCGAAAAAUCAAGCCCGAAAGAAGAAUCAUCCUCCACCAAGACAAUGCAAGCUCGCACACAGCUCAAAGGACAAGGCAGUAUUUAACGGAAGAAAACGUGGAAUUAUUGGACCAUCCUCCAUAUAGUCUCGAUCUAAGUCCUAACGAUUUCUUUACUUUCCCGAAAAUUAAAAACAGACUGCGUGGUCAAAGGUUCCAGUCACCAGAAGAAGCAGUUGACGCAUUCAAAAAUGCCGUUUUGGAUCUGCCAGCAAACGAGUGGAAUAAGUGCUUCGAAAAUUGGUUCGAGCGCAUGCAGAUGUGUAUUAAUCUUCGUGGAGAAUACUUCGAAAAACAAUAA